AUCUGCAAAAACACUUGAAAGUGAUAUCUUCGAUUGUUUAUACAAUUGCUUAGAAAUUGUAAAAAAUAUGCCAGAAUUACCGAAGGGUUGCUCAUUAGCCAUGAUGUUAACAUACUAUGAUGGAACUCCUGAUGAGUAUCAACCACCUGGUUUUAAGGCUUGCUCAUAUCAAGCAUUUGAGUAUCCACCAGAUCUUUAUAACAUAGAAGUUGGUAAAUGCUACACGCCAUACCACUCUAUUAGUAUGGGAGCGAUUGCUAAGUUUGUAGAUGUAGAUAUUCAUACCUCGGAUGCUGGUAAACAGACAAAUGAAAAUUGUGAAGUUGUGGAAAACUCUCAAACAGAAAAUAUAUGCAACACGUCGGAGGCCGCUAAUAUGACAGGCAUUGGUGGAUCUAAAAGUCCAGAAGUUAUGAUGCAGUUAAAUACAAUGACUGAAGAUAUGGGUAUUUAUCAUGAUACUUCUCUUGAUGCUGUGAUGUUUUCUCCGGUUACAAAUCGCCAACCCCGACCGAUCUAUGCAAAUUCUUGCUCAAUGAUUCCAUCAGUAGUCAGCAAAGCUACUAAUCUAACACAGUUCCAUAAUAAAACAAUUAAUAUUGUAGAGCGGGACGUGCAGAAGUCUCCUAUGGAUACCAAUUAUACCUAUGAUAAUAAAAAUAAAGCUACUUCUUCAGAUGUCGUCAUGGAUAAUGACAAAGUUUUAGCCUUUUUGCGAAGAAUAUUGGCUUUCUGCAAAGAUCGUGUUCAAUUCUCUUUAGAUGGGAUGGUACGAGAGCUUGGGAUUCCUGAAAAUUUUCAUCGUGAAUUAUUCGCUCGAAUUGAUCAAUUCGGAAUUCUUAGACCAGUUUCACCAAAACAACAAUCAAUGACGGUCAAAAGAACAGUCAAGAAGAGGGCCCUCGCUCCUUUUUUGAAACAAUAUUUUCGAGAUGGCGAACUUUCAGAAACAGCAAAAAAUACGGACUCAUGUGUUGAUAACUCUCUUCGUGAUAUACCGGGUGGUGCUGCGCCUAAAAGAAAACCAACAAACGAGUCUGAUGUUCCGCAAAUGUCGUCUGUGAAUGCUAAUAAGGAGCCACUAGCAAAACGGAGAAGGAAAGUUUCUGACGGAUAUUAG